UCAUAUUCUUGUUGGGUGUCAUGAAAAACCAUGUCUUUCCUUUGCGUUCUUGAUUUUGCCCCAUGAUUUGACUUCAUUUCCUCAAGUUUCUUGUCCCCUUCAUAUCAAGAAUCAACUGAUUGUUCUUAUCUUAGAAAUCCCACCUUCUUUUUUCCAUUUUUUUGGUUUCAAGAAUCACUUGGGAGAAUAGGGGAAAACUGAAGUUGGGGUUUGUGAUGGAGAUUGAUCUGAAUCAUGCAGUGAGUGGUCACAAUGCUGAAUCUUGUGGGAAUGAAGGGGAUUCAUCACUAUCAAUUUCAUCAAACUCCUCAAAUUCUUCCUUAAAGUCCCCAAUUUCAAACCCUUCUGCCUCAAUUUACAUGGAACUCUGGCAUGCUUGUGCUGGCCCUCUUACCACUCUCCCAAAUAAAGGAAAUGUGGUUGUUUACUUCCCUCAAGGUCACUUGGAACAAAUUGCCUCACACUCAUCCACUCACUUUUCACCCAUUGAAGUUCCCUCUUUGGGACUCCCUCCUCUGAUUUUUUGCAAAAUUGUUGAUGUUCAAUUGCUUGCAAACAAGGAGAACGAUGAGGUCUACACAAAGCUCAUUCUUUUGCCUCUGCCAGAGGGAAAUUUGCAAGAAAGUGAGGAGGAGGGUGGGGGGGUUGCACCCGUAAGAUCAACCCCUCAAAUGUUCUGCAAAACACUCACUGCUUCUGACACAUCCACCCAUGGCGGAUUCUCGGUUCCUCGACGAGCUGCUGAAGAUUGUUUCCCACCUCUGGAUUAUAAGCAGCAGAGGCCCAGCCAAGAACUAAUUGCUAAGGAUCUCCAUGGAGUAGAAUGGAAAUUUAGGCAUAUUUAUAGAGGUCAGCCUAGGCGGCAUUUGCUUACGACAGGUUGGAGCAUCUUUGUAAGCCAAAAAAAUCUUGUUUCAGGGGAUGCAGUUCUCUUUUUGAGGGGGGAAGGAGGAGAACUGAGACUAGGAACUCGAAGAGCUACUCGACCAAGAAACGUCCUUCCUGAUACAACCAUGGGAAACUUGAAUUCUUAUUCCGAAAUUCUUGCUUCUGUCGCUAAUGCAGUGUCAACCAACACCACUUUUCAUGUUUUCUACAGUCCAAGGUCUAGUCGGGCGGAUUUUGUUGUUCCUUAUACAAAGUACGUGAAAUCAAUUAGUAAUAUGAUAUCUAUGGGUGCAAGAUUCAAAAUGAAAUUCUGUAUGGAUGAGUCUCCUGAACGAAGGUUCAGUGGAGUUGUGACGGGUGUAGGUGAUAUGGAUCCUUACAAAUGGCCCAACUCAAAAUGGAGAUGCCUAAUGGUGAGGUGGGACGAAGAUAUUGGAAAUGAUCAUCAAGAACGAAUAUCUCCAUGGGAGAUUGAUCUUUCUGGUGGGGCUUUUCCAUUGUUAAGCAUUCAGUCCUCCCCACGACUCAAGAAACUGCGUGCAGGUCUGCAUGCAACUCCUUCUGGUCACCCUGCAACUGCACGGGGUGGAUAUGUAGACUUUGAGGAGUCUGUCGUAAGAUCCUCUAAGGUCUUGCAAGGUCAAGAAAAUGUAGGUCCGGUAUCACCUCUGUAUGGGCGUGAUAAGAUGAACUCGUUGAGCUUUGGGGUACAACCCUCGAUGCAUCCGAGUUUUCCCCCAAAUGGGAUGAUGAUGGCAAGGAGUACAAAUUUUGUUGGUGAAAUUAUGAGGAGUACUCAUCAUCAGCCACUCCCAGCCACCCCUUACUCGGGCUUUCUGGAAUCUGAUAAUGCUAGAUUCCCGAAGGUCUUGCAAGGUCAAGAAAUUUGCUCGUUGAGAUCAUUGACCGGAAAACCCAACAUCGGUUCUUGGGGCCCACCAAGAACCGAUGUUGGUAAUGGCCGUCGCAAUGUUCUCAACAUGUAUAGAAGCCCUGAGAAUCCCGGUUUCUAUCCACUUGGUUCUGAAGGUGGCAGAAACUUUGGGUUUCCAAAUACUGGUGUUUGUGAAGCAAGACCGAAUCCAGGUCCAGCCAUGCCUACAAACUUCACGCGAUUUCCCAUCGUUCCACCUUCCAUUGGAAAUGGGAUCAUGAGGGAUAAUGUGGGCGAGCUUCAGGUUCCCGUAGAGAAAAUUGUCGGUGCGACGAUUGAACCAAAUUCAAGCAGCGAAAAAGAUGACGGUGCUUCAGAUAGCAUAGAGAGCAGCUGUAAACUCUUUGGUUUUCCAUUGAAUGAAGUUGCUCCAUUGGUAGAUGCUAAAAGUUUAAACAAGAGGAGUUGUACCAAGGUUCACAAGCAAGGAAACAAGGUUGGAAGGGCGAUUGAUCUGUCAAAAAUGUCAAGUUACGGUGAGUUGUUCUUGGAGCUGGAAUCAUUGUUUAACAUGGAAGGCAUGUUCAGUAAUCCAAAUGGUGGAUGGCGACUACUGUAUACCGAUGAAGAGAAUGACAUGAUGGUUGUGGGGGAUGAUCCAUGGGACGAGUUUGCAAGGAUGGCUACAAAGAUACACAUAUACAGUGCAGAAGAAGUGGAAAAGCUGAUGAGCAGUGGGGUGAUCAGUGACAACACAAGCUGCUUGGAGGAGGCACCGGCUGUAGUCGAUACAGCUAAGUCUUCAUCAGUCGGUCAUCCGGAUUAAUUAAAAUCAUCAUCACUGUUUUAUGGGGUUGCUUGUUGUUUUGUGUUUGUUAUGCAGAGCAAGUUUCAAGUACUUGCUUGCCAAGACUUUGAUGCAACAGUAUGUAGCCAAAUAAGUUGCACCUAGACUUUGGGUUUUCUCAUGGCUUCUUAUGUUAUCGUGCGUUUUCUGAG